AUGGAUGAAGCGAGAAGUAUCCAAGUAAUGUGCCACUUCAGCCCCGAUGUCCUAGGAAAGCGACGUUCAAACCCAACGACUAGCGAUCAAUUGACGAUGCUGCAGACGGUUUUCGAGCAGCGUCCGGAUUUUGUUCGAGGUUGUUUGGGAUGUUUAGCGUGGACCGCGUUCAGUAGAGGCAACAUUGCAGUACUGGACUGGGUGAAUCAGUUUGGAAUCGAGUUGCGAUCGACAGUCCCAAUUCGCGAUGCUGUCAGCCGCGGCGGCGUGAAGGUGUUGCGCUGGUUUUCCGAGAAUGGGUUUGAGAUUUCAGAUCCAGACCUGCUCGAGUUAGCAGUCAAAAGCGGCCAACUGGAAGCUGUUCGCUGGCUUUCGGAGCACGGAUACGGUGUGAACUCGCUUGCUUUGGCCAAUAUUGCUGGGAAAAUAAGGAACGUGCCGAUAUUGCGGUGGUUAGUGGAGCAUGGACCGCCGCUCGACUUGGCAACAGCGACAUUGUUAAUCUGGCAAUAUCGCCAGGUAGAAAUCGCUUGGUGGGUAUCUGAGGACGUCCGGAAACACGUCGUGUUUGAGGCACUACAGAAAAAUGACAGAAGAGUUUUACGGUGGAUUCUUGCGCGUACCACAUUUCAAGAUGAAAGCGCGCAGUGGGAUAUCCGUGCUGCUAUCCAAAGCUGUUCGACGGAUAUGCAGCGGUGGCUUGAGGAAGAUAUGAGUGAAGUGGGGGCCUGUCGUUGGUGCUUUCCUACCAAGAUGAGUAUUGGCGGAUACGAGGAGACGGCUCUGCCAAAUUCCAAGCAAAGACGGUUGCAGUGA